AUGGAGAUCUCUAUGCGUUCCGUACGUCUUUUGAACCGGCUUUUUCGCAAACCGUUGUCAUUUUCUAGAGCUAUUUCUAACACCGCUGUGAAAGAAGAAAUAAAUGCUGAAUUAUUGAAUUCCUUCAAUCAGGAUAUAAAAAACGGGGGUGUAGUUCCAGUUUUCAGACGAGCUCUGCUGUUUCCAACCAGAGUAGCAUUACAAGACGACUUCGCAACUUAUACAUAUGCUGAUUUAUAUGAUGCAGCAACAGCACUCAGCAAAGAUAUUGCAGCACUAUUAUUGGGUGAAACUGAACGUACUAUAUGUUAUAUGUGCAACAAUGAUGCUACGCACGUUAUUGUACAGUGGGCAAUAUGGAUGACGGGGAAUAUUGCCGUACCUCUAACUCCGCUUCACCCCGAGGAGAUGUUGAAGUACUUCAUAACGGACAGUGAUUCUAAACUGAUCAUAUGUUCGAAUGAUUUUGAGAAAAUUUUGAACCCGAUAGCCAAGGAAUUGUCGAAACCUCUCUUAAUAUCAAACCGAUCGGAAAACUCUUUAGAGAAAAAGACUGUGUUGCAGGAUAUAGAUCUAACGAACAAAUGGUAUGGUGAUAAUGAAGCCAUGCUUAUAUAUACAAGUGGUACAACGAGCAAGCCCAAAGGUGUAGUAUGGACUCACAGAAUGCUGUCUAUCCAGAUAGCAGCACUUCAUGCUGCAUGGAAGUACUCUGCCCAUGAUGUAGUGCUGCAUACACUGCCGCUGCAUCACAUACACGGACAACUGAACUCAUUGAAUGCCACUAUGGCGGCCGGAGCAAGGAUCCGUAUGCUGCCUAAAUUCACUUCUCACACCGUCUGGGCUAAACUAUUGGAUUCCGACAAGGCCAAGGUGUCAGUAUUCCACGGAGUGCCAUCUAUGUACAGUAAAUUAGCCGCUGACUAUGACAAAAUGUUCAGUGACAGUAAGACAGCGGCGUAUGUCAAGACUACACUGUCUUCGAGGAUGAGAUUGAUGUGUGCUGGCUCUGCACCUUUGCCGGAGAGUUUGUUUAAGAAGUGGGAAGAGAUAUCCGGACUAAAGCUAUUGGAACGCUAUGGCAUGUCAGAAGUCGGUAUGGCCUUAAGUAAUCCUUACAGGCCUCUUGAAGGAAGGUUGGUUGGUCGUGUGGGGCUCCCAUUGCCAGGAGUGUCUGCCAGGAUCGCUGAGUUCAAAGAUAAUGUGAUGGAAACACUUGUUGAUGUUAACGGAGAAAUGCCAGAUUUACAGAUAUCUCUUGACAAGCUCGGUCUAGCAAGGAGUUCAUCCAACAAGGAAUUUGAUAGUGACUGGAAGACUAAUGAAACAAAACUGACAGACAAUGAUGUAUGUGAAGGGGAGUUAUUAUUGAAGGGUCCGGCUGUGUUCACUAGGUAUUGGAAUCGCGCUCCAAGCGCCUUAUCAUCAGAUUUCACCUCAGACGGCUGGUUUCGUACUGGUGAUAUGGCUUCCUACUCCCAGGGCACCUUUAAAAUCAUGGGUCGGACAUCUGUAGACAUUAUAAAGACCGGAGGAUACAAAGUCAGCGCCCUACAAGUGGAAUCCGCGCUUCUAGAACAUCCAAACAUAUCAGAUGUAGCAGUAUUGGGUAUAGCCGACCAACAUUAUGGAGAAAUUGUUUCAGCAGUAGUCGCUCUUAAAGAAGGAAAGAGUUUGACUCUAAGAGAGUUGAAAGAUGAAGCUGGCAAGAGAUUAGCUCCGUAUCAACUGCCAAAAACUAUGUUUAUAGUGGAUCAAAUGCCGAGGAAUGCUAUGGGAAAACUUGACAAGAAAGUUAUUCGACAGAAGUUUGGUGAAAAGUUGAUAUUUAAGCAGUAA